GUUUUCAGCAAAAAAGAAGUCAAGUUGAAAUUAACCAUCUUCAAAAUGAUUUGGAUACACUUUCUUCACGUCUUUCUCAUCGAGAUAUUGAAUUUACAGAAUUACAAUCCCAGUAUACUAAUCUUCAAGGUCAAUAUUCACAAGUACAAUUGAGAAUUGAACAUUCAGAACAAAAUUUUGAUACCCAAAAUAUUCAAGAUUUACAAGAAGUAAUUAACCAACUUUGCUAA